AUGAGCUCCGGAGGUGAUAAGAACUUGCUAGACAUAGACGCCCCCAAGCCUUUUUGGAUGAGUUCUAACAGCAUCAAGCUCUUGUCGGGGAACUCUCACCCUGAGCUUGCAGAGAAAAUUGCGCGAGUUCUGGGUCUUUCGCUGUCCAAAAUCGGCGUGUACCAGUACUCUAACAAGGAAACAUCAGUGACGAUUGGUGAGAGUAUCCGCGAUGAAGACGUAUACAUCAUCCAAACUGGAAGCGGUCAGCAGGAAAUUAACGACUUUCUCAUGGAGUUGCUUAUUAUGAUUCAUGCGUGCAAGACGGCGUCCGCGAGGCGAAUCACCGCUGUCAUUCCCAAUUUCCCCUAUGCUCGCCAAGACAAGAAGGAUAAGAGCCGUGCCCCAAUCACUGCCAAGCUCGUUGCAAACCUCUUAGAGACUGCGGGCUGUGACCAUGUUAUUACCAUGGACCUGCAUGCGUCGCAGAUCCAAGGGUUUUUCCACAUCCCAGUGGAUAACUUAUAUGCCGAGCCCAGCGCCCUGAACUACAUCAAAACUACAACCGACAUAGAAAACGCAAUCCUUGUGUCUCCAGAUGCAGGAGGAGCUAAGAGGGUUGCAUCUAUUGCCGACAAGCUAGAUUUGAAUUUUGCGCUGAUUCACAAGGAAAGGCAGAAAGCUAACGAGAUUUCGAGAAUGGUCCUGGUUGGUGACGUGAGAGGAAAGUCAUGUAUUUUGAUCGACGACAUGGCAGACACUUGCGGCACACUUGUAAAGGCUUCUGACAUGCUUUUCGACAACGGCGCCAAAGAAGUUGUUGCACUGGUCACCCACGGUAUAUUUUCAGGGUCAGCUCGAGAGAAGCUGAAAAACAGCAAACUUUCCAGGAUUGUGUGUACUAACACCAUGCCUGUUGAUUUGCAACUAGACAUUUUCGACCAAAUUGAUAUCAGCCCCACUCUUGCCGAGGCAAUCCGCAGACUGCACAACGGAGAGAGUGUUUCGUACCUGUUCACUCACGCGCCAGCCUAA